GCCCCUUGGUACUUUUACUGCUUUCUUCUUCACUCCUCUUCUAAAGUGGAAAUAUCUUUGAUAAACAAAACAGAGAAAAACAGGUCAUCACCCUUAGAGUGAAAUCGACGUUCUAGAAUCCUUUUUCAGGCUAGUAAUAUCGCUGGUUUUUUUCCAAGUUUUCCAAGUCACGCAGUUAAAGAUUACAUAAAGGGAAAGCUUUGAGGAGAGCUGCUAGGUAAGAGGACACUUAAGUGUGAAGAACAGUUAACAAAAGAAAUGGAGGGUAAUAAGUCGAGGGAGUGGCUUGAGAAGUAUUACUCACCUAGCCGGUGGAAUAAGCGCAUGGGAGCAGACAAAGUAGUUCAGCAUUAUUUGAAAGUUUGCAGUGAAUGCAGUGAAGAAACAAAACAAAGUUUGAAUGUUGAACUGAAUGUGCCUUAUGGGGAAGGUAAAGCCAAGAUGGAUGUAUUUUAUCCCCCACUGAAUGACCAUGAUAGUGCUCCAGUCAUUGUGUUUAUUCAUGGUGGUUACUGGCAGCAAGGCAGUAAAGAUUUGUACAGUUUUGUCAGUAAUUCAUGGACAAAAGCUGGAUGUAUUGCAGUAGUUUUGGGUUAUAAUCUUGCACCAGAGGCCAGUGUGGAACAGAUCAUCACUGAAAUCCAAGCUGCACUAGAGCACAUUGUUGUUAAGUUUCCUAAAUCAAAACUGUUUUUAUGUGGACAUUCUGCUGGUGCACACUUAUCUGCCAUGAUGGCACUUGCAAAUUGGAACAAGGGUGGGUUAGUUUCACAAGCUGUUCAUGGCAUGUUUUUACUCUCUGGGAUUUUUGACUUGGUUCCCUUGGUUAACACUAGCAAUAAUGAUGCAUUAAAAUUGGAUGCAGAUUCCGCUGCAAAAAUUAGCCCCCUGACAAUUCUUAAGGAAGUAUCUCCCACAAUCUGCUGUCCUACACUGGUUGUAGUUGAAGAGCAUGGAUCUCCAGAGUUCAUUCGGCAGUCAAAAGAAUUUGAUGAGAUCUUGAAGUCACAUGGUGUACAAAGUUCCUUUUUAUGGCUUUCUGGAGUAGAUCAUUUUAAUUUAAUUGAAAACAUGGCUGAUCCUGAAGAUCAACUUUGCAAAGAAAUUUUAAAAGUUGUCCUUAAACAAUCUUAAUAUCUUUUGACAAUGUUAUUUCCAAGUUUUAUUUUAAAAUGCUCUUCCACUAGGCAGUGGGCUGUUUAAAUAACAAUUUUUUUUCAGAGAAAACUGCACUAAGGCUGAAAAUUUAUUUAUACACUGAAAGAAACUAGUCAGAGUGAUUUUACUUAACCCUUGAAAUAGGUAGUAGAAUACUAGGUGCACUAUUAUGCACUAAUUACUUUGUCUUCCUUUGUUUGCAAGUGGCUGUUUUUCAGUAGAUGUUAGUAUCUGUUUCACAGGUUAAGUAAGAUCACUCUAUGCUGUAAUCAAUUAUGCACAAAAAUUAACCUACAAUAUAAGUACUAUCUCAACUCCCUUUAGUUAGUCCCCACAAAGUUAGAGCAGACUUGAAAGAGUUGUGAUGAAAUGGUAAAUGUUUUUUAUAGAUGUCAAGUAAAGAGACAAUAGUAAGAAUACUAAAAGAUUGUUAGGCAGUAGUGAAAAUUUGAAACAUGAGAAAAAGAGUUUCUGACUUUUUCCACUAAAUUUGAUGUGUUUGAAUUACAGAUGAAGGACUUCUAACCUUUCUCUUAUUAAUUGACCUACCCUACGAGGCAGGUAUUUGAGAGGAAUGGAGAGGGAAAGAUAGGGCGAGAAUGUGAUGGGCAUGCAUGUGAUGGGCAUGCAUGUGCCAGUACUCAUGUUCCUUGCUUAGCCCCAUCCCUUUCCUUCCUCUUUAAACUCCUGUCUUGCAGUUUAUCAUCAGUGACCCACAUAUUAUUUCUCCUUAUUAAAUCAGUGCUCAAGUUCAUGAAAUAAAACAAGCUAAAAGGGUGUCAUUAAAAGAAUCUGCUACCUCACCUCCCCAAAGCAGGCACCCUCAUUGCAAGGCAUGGUCAUUAAACUGUGCGAUUUACUAAUUAUAAUUAUUACAAUAGAGAGAAGUCGUUAUGUCACUUUUCCAUGGUAGCAAAAUUUCUGGAUGACAACAUACCGAAAAUUCACUCAAAAAGACAAUUUGCAAAUGAAAUAAUCAUGUUGUAUUUCUGCAACAACAGCUAAGGGGUGAUGCAUAUGCAAAGUUGUUGUUGUUCUAAUAUAAACUUAUUGCUUUUAAACUGUUCUCGUCGCCAUCGUCGUUGCUUAAAAUCGCUAUUGUUGUGAUUCAGAAAUUUUUUUACCAUGGUAAUAUGAUGUCACACUUCUCCUCUCUAGUCAUUUUUGUGCAAAUUUAAAGACAUUUUCGGAAUGGAUUUUAGUACUGAUUUAUUUCAAUAUCCACUUAAGGGAGGUUAUUUUAGCUUCUGUAGACCCUGUCCUGAGAAGGGUGUCUACAUUGGGUUACACGUUCAAUUGGUCUAAAAUUAACUUUGGUGAAAUUCACAUAUACCAAGGACUAGACUGGGCAUUUCCCUCUUUCUCUCUCCCAUAAUUUCCUCUUGCUGAAAAUCAUAAUAGCAAAGGAAAAAAUAGGGAGAAUAGUGUGAGGAAUGUGCGUGUUCUUGAUAUUUUGGUUUUCAUUAUGAUCAAGCUCAUGGAGUGGAGUAACUCCAUAUUUGUUUGCCUCUCUAUGGUUAAGCUCCGUCCCAAGGUCCAAUACCAUAUAUGUAUACCAUUUUUGAGAGAAAAGGUACCCCUUUUGUAUACCUUGUACUGACAAAUGGUACCCCUUUUACAUAGCAAGUUGUGAACUUUCCAUCUAUUUUAGCUGCUGUAAAUUAACCGUUUGUAAAACAUGAAUAAACUACAAAGCCAAAA